UAUAUAUAGAGCUUAUGUACAACUAGACUUCUUUUAAUUUAUUUCGUGAAAUAACAUGAAUCUUGCGAUUCUUCUGACGUUUAUCACUGUUGCCUUUGCACAAGAAGAAACAAGAACAUUUACAAUUAGCCCUGGCUACAGUGCAACUUAUUUUUAUAACCAUGCCAGCGGAGUAAUAGUAUUCUCAAUCACAGCCUCAGUCAGGCCAGGACACUGGGCUGCUAUAGGAUUUUCGAAAGAUAGAAAAAUGGAAAAGUCCGACGCCGUCAUUGGCUAUAUUUCUUCUGGCAACAAAGCAACUGUCGUGGAUGUAUGGAUUGAUGAAAAAAGUCAAAAAGGCGUUCAAAUUGAUAAGCAUUCUGAUGCCAACAAUCCUGGUUUGAGUUCAUGGAAAAAUGGAGUACUGGAGUUCACGUUUACACGACUUCUAGAUUCAGAUGACGAUCAAGACUUAUCUUUGACACAAUGCCGAUAUUUUCUGUUUGCUUGGGAUGGACCGGUCAUUGACUUCGAAACAUUCGGGAAACACUCAAGAAGAGAGAUCAGUACGAAAAAAAUAUGCAUCGGUUUUCCAGGAACAGCACCAGAUUCGGAAUCUUCAUCAGUAGGAUCCCAGGUUGUAACGGGUGGCAAUCCACCGGUGUUGGUUGCAAAUUGCGGCGAACCACCAAAAGUUAGCAAUGCAAAGCGUUCGUUUGAAGAACAAUCUGCGUUUGGAGUCGGUUCAAUCAUUUUUUAUCAAUGCGACAAUGGGUAUAAGAUAAAAGGAAGCAUAUCGGUGACGUGUAUUAGCGGCGGGACGUGGGAUCCCGAACCACCACAAUGCAUCAAAGAAGGCGAAGAAAAGUCGGACGGUGACAAAGAUGGCGAUGACGAUGAAGAUAAUCACCUUGAUCCAUGUUCUUUCCUGGAAUGCCCUGACAAAGCAUCAUGUGUCGUUGAAAAUGGAUUUGCGGAUUGCCAAUGUGAUGAUGGGUAUGAAUUCAACGACGAUGAUGAAUGUGUGAGUAAAGAUGGAAAAGAGAAAGACAAAUCCGAAUCUGAUCCUUGUCGCAACUUGGACUGUCCAGACAAUGCAGAAUGUGUGGUUGAAGUUGAUUUGGCUGUUUGUAAAUGCGAUGAUGGAUAUGACUUUAACGCUAAGUUCGAAUGCGUUAGUACAACCGAUGAAAAGGAUUUUGCACGGAGCUCGAGAGACCCUUGCAGACGACUCAUUUGUCCUGAGAAUGGAAGAUGUGUUGCUGAAAACGGAAAACCAAGUUGUGUAUGCGAUCCUGGGUUUGAAUUGACCAGAGACGGAUGUUUUAGAAACCCAUGCGAUAUGAUAAUGUGCCCUCCCAAUAGUAAAUGUAGUGGUGGAAUAUGUCUAUGUGAUCCUGAUUAUAUGAUAGGGAUAGACGGGAAUUGUUAUAAAUCCGAAUCCCGAGACCCAUGUGAUGACAUCAAAUGUGACUCCAUGGCGAUAUGCGUUGACGGUGAUUGCAAAUGUCCAGAUGAUUACUUUAUGAAUGAUGAUGAUGAAUGCGAAAAAGUUGACAAAGAUCCCUGUGACGAAAUAAAGUGUAAAGAUUCAAUGGCGAAAUGUAGAGAUGGAAUUUGUGAAUGUCCUGAUGGCUAUUUCACGAAUUUCGACGGAAAAUGCGAGAAGAAAGAAUCUCAAGAUCCAUGUGAAGAUGUAAAAUGUGAUUCAAUUGCACAAUGUAUCGAUGGAGAAUGUCGUUGUCCAGUUGAUUUCUUUUUGGGAGACAGUGGCAGAUGCGAACGAGAAUUAUUUCGAGACGCAUGUGCUAAUGUUAAAUGUGAUUCAAUUGCGAGAUGCGUUGACGGAGUUUGUAAAUGUCCCCGCGAAUUCAUCUUGGGAGACAGUGGGAGAUGCGAACGAGGUAUUUCCAAUCUCGACAACUCUUAUUUUCAACCUCUAGUAUUUCGUGAUCCGUGUGAUGAUAUCGAAUGUGACGACAUGGCUACUUGUGUCAACGGAUUUUGUGAAUGUCCCAAAGAUUAUUUCUUAGAUGAUGACAAUAAGUGUCAACCAGAAAUCAUAGACCCGUGUGAUAGAAUCACUUGCCACCCAAGUGCAACUUGUUUUUUCGGAAAAUGUGAGUGCCCUGACGGACAUUCAAAAAGAAGCGACGGAAGCUGCAAAUCAAAGGUACGUGACCCGUGUGAAAAAGUCAAAUGCCACCCUACUGCAUUGUGCUUCCAAGGAUUCUGCGAAUGCCCGCCAAACAACUUUCAAUCUUCAGAUGGUAGCUGUAGCCUAGUUGAUCGUGAUCCAUGCUAUGGUGUUCGAUGUCAUUCUUCUGCUUUCUGUGUGCGAGGAACAUGUGCAUGUCGGGAUAAAUAUGUUCUGGCUGCUGAUGGCAAAUGCAAUCCUGUAUUUGACAAAUGUGCUGGUAGGACUUGUCCCGUGAACUCAGAUUGUAUCAAUGGAGUAUGCCAAUGCACUUUGGGAUAUAAUUAUGGAAUUGACGGAUUUUGUAAAAGACUAGAUUUCAGUGGUGAUCCAUGCUCUACUGUUCGAUGUCCUACGAAUGCCAGGUGUACAUCACGAGAGGGAGUGGCAUAUUGUAUCUGUAUUGAUGGAUAUCACACUGAAGGAUUGGGAGAAUGUGUAGUCAACUAUCCAUGUUAUGAAGUAGACUGCAAGUUUCGCGGUGUUUGCGUCGUCAAAGGAAAUCGAGGGAGCUGCGAAUGCAUCGCUGGAUAUAGAAGAACACAAAAUGGACGAUGCGAAAGACUUGAUUCAUGUUCUAACGUAAGAUGCGAUCAGAAUUCACGAUGUGUUGCUGGGAAAUGCCAAUGUAUUGGAGAGUACGUAAAAGGAGUGGACGAAAUUUGUCGAAAACCUGACGCAUGUAGCUUGAUAAAAUGUCCAAUUCACUCAAAAUGUCAAAUUACAAACAAAAUCCCAUCUUGCAUAUGCACAUUGGGUUAUGAAAUGAAUUCAAGAUUUGAAUGUGUCAAAAAAGACAGAGAUCGUUGUGCUGGAAUUACAUGUCCGAUAAACAGUUCAUGCAAAGUGAUUGGCAGCAUUAUAUCGUGUCUAUGUAAUAAGGGAUACGUUUUUUCGAACAACGUAGAAUGCGUUGCUGAAGAUCCAUGUUUGGGAAUACCAUGUGGUCCUUUCUCAGUUUGCAAACAAGGAAAGUGUGAGUGCCUAGCAGGAUAUCUUGAAGAUUGGCAAUCUGGGGAUUGUAAAGCUCAUUUGUGUCAUAAGAUACGAUGUGCAGAGAAUUCUAUCUGUGAAGAUGGAAAAUGUCUCUGUAAAUUCGGAUAUGUACAGCUAACAACAGAUGGUCCUUGCCAGCCUCAGGACGAAUGCUACGAUGUCAGAUGUCCGAUUCAUUCGUCGUGCGUGAGUGGAGUCUGUAAAUGUAAUGCUGGUUAUAGUGGUAAUCCCUUAUAUGGACCUUGUAGAGUCACUGUUGUGGUUCCAAGUCACAGUUGUACUGGUGUUGUAUGUGGCAGUAAUUCACGAUGUACAGGUGGAAUUUGUAUCUGUAUGGACGGAUAUAUUCGACAGGGAGAUAUUUGCACAGAUCCAUCUGUAACUUAUGAUGGUAAUCCAUCAAGAUGCGACGAAUACUCGGGUCAUUGCGGAGCUCACGCAACUUGCGUGAACGGACUUUGCGUCUGUAUAACUGGAUACACAAUAAUUGGUGGAAUAUGCUCGCCCGAAUUAUGUCAUGGAAAAUACUGCCCACGCAACAGUCAUUGUAACAAAGGAAGUUGUGAGUGUGAUCAAGGUUUUAACAAAGGAACAAAUAACAUCUGUUACAAGGCCAGUACGGUUAUUCAAACAUGUCUGAACGUAUGUGGUAGGUAUUAUAUCGGAGGAUGCUCAUGCGAGUCAACAUGUAAUCGUCCAGGUAGACCUCGAUGCUGUGAUGACUAUCUUCCACAAUGUUUACUACGACGACCUGUAUUCACAACAGGAGCUAUUCACGUUAGACAUGUUCACAUUUGAUCGACUAGAAAGAAUACAAUUGAAUGGAAGCAACAGAAGUUUGUGCCGAAUUGUGUAAAUUGUGGAAGCAAUGAAUUUGUACUAUUCUAUACUGUUAUGAUCUUGUUGUUAUUUUUAUUCCAGAAGAAGUAAACCUAAUAAAUCUCACACCACCUAGAAAGAAUUAUCAGUGUUUGUGAAAC